AUGUUGGGUGACGAAACAUACCAUCUUCCAGAAAUUGUCCAGUUGGAUAUCCUAGAGAAACUGAACACAUCACUCUCAGGGAUUCCAUGGGCCAAGUUCGAUAAUCCGAUACUAUGCUUUGAAGCGUUCAUCCAAGAUAGGAAUGAUCGCGAUCUAGAGGGCGGCACUUUUGAUACCAGCGACCGGCCUCACCAUGUUUUGUCGGAAUAUCAUCAUUCUACCACAGCCUCAAACAACGGUGAAGCCCACCAUCCUUCAGCGGCUCCGAGACCAUCGCGUAAGCGUCGUCAAGGUGGUCUACGCCCUGCCAUGGCCACUGCUCAAAUUGACGAAAGCCUGGAAGUCCCGCGUCAAAUGCAGAUCCGCGCCGGGAAUUUCCCAAAGAGGGUAAAGUUGAAACCAGACGGUGUUUUCCUCCCCCGAGACUCAUCUCUGGGCAAAUUCAUCAUUGGCGUAUGGGAGCAGAUACACUCGGGCCUUGUCCUGGAACCCCAUAUUCUCACCGAGCAGCUUCAGCUCACUGCCGCCCAUACAAGCCCCACGAAUGAACUGUCACCUGAUCUUUCUGUAGCGGGGCUCUCAGAAGGCUCGUUCGAUAUGUUCACGCGAGGAAACAUGUUUUGCCAAAGAGUCACCCAGGCCAGUCGGACAUGUCGCUCCAUCGAAGUCAUCGUCCAAGCGCGGUGGAUCGAGCUUUUCGAUUCUUACGUUCUACAUCUCACUACCGCAAGCCCUGGAAUCUCGCCUACCAAAGCGCGCAUGAAAGCGUUAGCUGAAGCAUGUAGCGACUUUGGCUGGAGUGAAAAAGAGCUACGGAACAAAAUGGCGAUAUGGCGAGGCUACAAAGAGAUCAAGGAUGUGCUGGGCUGGGUGGCUCUCGUCUUCUCUGGAAUGGGCCUGUAUCGUCUUUGCAAAUACCGCAUCGACUUUGAUAAGGAUAAAUUCGUUCGAGCACGAGCUUUGAGGGGACGAAUGGAAGUCGCGGCGGAUACUUUGCACCGUAACUGGCGUCAACUCCUGGCCAUUGUUGGGGAACCUACGGAGCGACGAUUUACUGGGCAUCCUCACGACUGGGUUGUCUACCAAGAUGGAUCUGAUCCUGUCCCCCUCCGAUCAACUUAUCUGCAGUAUGACCCAAAUUUCAGCUUCGAACAUGUUGACGAAUGUGUUAUUGACAGCACGUGGUGGGGAGCUGACGAUCCUCGCUGGAUGCCACCGACUUCUCGCGCUUCAUCCAUUGCAAAUGGAAAUAACUGCGUAUUAUGCGAUCAAGUCCAAUCGGAUGACGCCGUACUCAACUCAUGCAAAUGCUUCUCAAGCCUAUUCAGCGGACCGAGACUACCACCCGCUGUGCAAAUCUUCAGAACCUCCAACGGUCGCAACAACGGCCUCCAAGCCCUCGUCCCCUUCGAGAGAGGCGUCGCCAUUGGUGAGUUCACAGGGCUCGUAACGAAAGGCAUCAAAGACCAAGACGUGCUGGAUAGCAAGGUCGGUGACAGACGGUACCAGAUAUGGCAGGGGAGGCAAGGCAACUUUACAAGGUUUGUGAACCAUAGCUGCAAGCCGAAUGCGCAGUUCGAGAAGUUUACGUGGCUGGGGACAGAGCAUAUCUUGCUGGUGAGCAACGGCAUCGAGGCUGGCCUGGAGAUUACGGUAGACUACUCUGGAAGCUACUGGAGAGGGCUAGAUAAGAAGUGUCUUUGUGGUGAAGUUUGCUGGCCCCUACAUGGAAUCAUGAGUCUCCAGGGCGAUGAGGUCCGCCUGCUUCGGCUAAACGUUGAUUCAAACUUUUCAUUCAAGCGUGUUCUACUUAGCGAUUCAACCCGACCACCAUUUGUCGCGCUAUCCUAUGUCUGGGCCGACUUGAAUGACACUAUGCAACUCCGUGUGUCGGGUCAGGCUAUCACAGCGACUAGCAACCUUCAUCAUAUCCUUGACAGUCUUUUGGCAUCUCAGGUUGCGAUGGUGGGAGACAUUUACUCAGAUGCAAAAAACGUGCUGGCCUUCCCAUCGCCACAAUCAGAACCCUUCAACUUGGGACUCGACUACAUAGAAGCGACCGCUCGGGACUUAAAACGAUAUUAA